AUGGCUGCUGAAAACAAGCCAGAAGAUGAUCAUGGGAACAGCAAUAGUAGUCAUGUAAAAAUCUUUUUACCGAAAAAGCUGCCUAAAUUGUCUGCCAAAAUGUUCAAAACAGUUGUCGCCAUAUUGUCAGUUGCCAUCCACUCUGGCCCAUUAGCACCUGUCCUGUCUGCCACGUCUGACAGGCGCGCUGCCGGCCCUGGUGCAGCCACGGCGCCUGCCUCUCCGGAGCUGCCUGUUCAGAAUGUGAAGGGGGCCUUCCUGUGCUGGGAGUCGCCGAGUGGACAGGCUGUGGGUCAAGCUUUGGUCGUCUCCAUAGGCCCCAAGGGCCCUGCUCCUGUUCGUUAUUCCCAUACAGACAUCAAAGUGCCUGACUUCUCUGACUAGCGCACUUAAGUUUUAGAUGGUACAAAGUCUUCAAAAGAAAGCAGCGAGGCCAGAAGAGGUUUUUCCUAUUUGGUAACUGCAGCAACUACUGUGGGUGUCACAUAUGCUGCCAAGUAUGUUGUCUCCCAGUUUGUUUCCAGCCUGAGCGCUUCUGCUGAUGCAUUGGCCAUGCUGAAGAUCAAAAUCAAGUUGUCCAAUAUUCCAGAAGGCAAAAACAUGGCAUUCAAAGGGAGAGGCAAACCCCUGUUUGUGCACCAUAGAACCAAGAAGGAAAUUGAAUAGGAAGCUGCAGUAAAAGUGUCCCAGUUGAGGGAUCCACAGUAUGAUACAGAACAUGUAAAGAAACCUGAAAGGGUUAUCCUAGUAAGUGUCUGCACUCAUCUUGGUUGUGUACCCAUUGCAAAUGCAGGAUUUGGUGGUUAUUACUGCCCUUGUCAUGGAUCACACUAUGAUGUAUCUGGCAGGAUCAGGAAAGGGCCUGUGCCUCUCAACCUUGAAGUUCCCUCGCAUGAGUUUACCAGUGAGAAUACUUCUUUAAUAAUUACCCCUCAUAGCCCUCAUUCAGCACCAGACUGCUUUGAGAUAAGCUCACAGAAUGAAUUCAUGAACUUAGAUGAUAAUUUUAGGAAAGACAAGGUUGGCGAUAAUGAUGAUGAUAACAAUAACAACAAACGUUUUGCUUACUGCAAGCCCAGUCUUGUUCAGGCAGAAAUAAUUAUCCUUAUGGACAUACGCUACUACUAUUCCCAGUUUAUAGAUGAAAAAACUAAGAAAAGGACACUCUCAAGAGGAAGGACAGUGACAGCUCCACGUCUGCAAAAGUCGGUGCAGACGCGGCGGUGCCGGCCCCUGGAAGGACGCCGGAGCCAGGACCACCACGAGGGGGACAAUGGAGGGAGGAGGGGAGCUCCUCCCGCGGGUGUUUACCGGGACUCGGGCGGCGGCGACUCCUCAGUCCCUCGACUAAGAUGGCAGCUGGUCCCGAGCCCCGACCACAGCGACUAG